AUGAAACCUACAACCUCACCGACCAUCCCCUGUACAUUUUUGGCCCCAUGCCAAUUCGGAGUUGGAUUCUUCGAAAUACAUUCGUAUUUUCACAGUAUCGUGGCUCGAUGUUUUAACGGAAACAGUAUACUCUUAUCAGAACUUAUCGAACUACUUAUAUAUCCUGGAAAUCAUGAUUUGAAAGAUUUUCUUUUCUGUCCUGUAGUGGAUUUAGUAAUGAAAUGA